UAAUAGCCCUUAUUGGAGUUGAAUGCACCGAUCAGACACUCCAGCGGUAUUUAGCACCAAAGUGAGGCAUUAGGGUCGACUGUCGCUCAGUGUCCGUGGCGUCUCCAAGUGAUUUCUGUACAACGUUAAGAAUUUGAGAGAAGGUUGUACUAACUUACAAGUAUUUUACCUGUUUUACUAUGGUGAAACACUGUAUAGCUUAUGGCUGCAGAAGCUCAAAACCGGAAUGCAAAGAUUUUGUCAUGGCAUCCCUUUCCGUUAAAAAACAAGUCUUUACUGACUCAAUGGAUUGUCAAAUUACGGUGCCAAAAUACACCAUUAACGAAGAACUCGUUUGUUUGCAGCCAGCAUUUUGAAGAAGGAUGCUUUAUGAAAGCACUGGGUGGCUCAAACAUAUUUAAAGCCUGGUUCAGUUCCCACUAAGUUUGUAUUUACGGUCGAAAAGGCAAAGAGACGCAAGCCAUCGUACAGCCAAGUGGCAAAUGUGUCACCGAAUUUUUUUAACUCGAGUACAAGUGAUUCACAGACUACAUGUGCCAUAACCCACAGCACUCAACACACCAUAGAUAUAAAUACAGAGAACAACACUUCAAAUGAUGUGGAAUCCGAGGAAAUGGAAAACAAUAAUCUGGAGAUUCACGAAAACAACUGUGCAGACGAAGCUACCUGCCAAACAAAGGAACGUGAUUUAUUGGCUAGAAUCAAAGAACUUGAAAGACAGCUAGAAGAGGAAAGAUCAGCUAGAAAAGAACUGGAACUAUUGAUGAAGAAGAAAGAGUUUUCAAUCGAGAGUGUCAAGGAAAAUGAUAAACUGAUACGAUUUUACACUGGCUUUGAAAACUAUGAAAUGUUUUCAACUGCACUUGACUUUCUAGGAAGAGAGGCUGCAUCAAUGCUAGACUAUCACAACACUGAAGAUCGAAAGGAUUUGAAAAGUAGGUAUAAAAGUGGACCAAGUCAAGUAUUAUCAAUUGAAAAUGAAUUCUUUAUGGUUUUGUGCAGAUUGAAAGUUGGGUUACUAGAGGAAGACUUAACAACAAGAUUUGGAGUUAGUCAAAGUGUAGUGUCUCAAAUAGUGACAACAUGGAUCAAGUUCAUGUAUUUCAGGUUUAAAGAGUUAGACAUUUUCCCAUCAAAGGACAUUGUGAAAAUACACAUGCCCGAAUGUUUCUUGAAGAAAUAUUCAUCAACUACUCUCCUCCUUGAUGCUACUGAGAUAUAUAUUGAGAAGCCCCGUAACCCAGAAGCCCAACAACUGACUUUCUCAUCUUAUAAAAACACUAACACUCUUAAAGCCCUAGUUGGCAUUGUACCCAAAGGAGGGAUCUCAUUUGUUUCAACAUUGUAUGGUGGAAGCAUUUCAGACAAAGAGAUAACUCAACUGUCAGGAUUAAUUGACAAACUUGAAAGAGGAGAUGUAAUAACAGCCGAUCGAGGUUUUAACAUAAAAGACAUGUUAGCAUCUAAAGGUGUCCGUGUUAACCUUUCUCCCUUCAUGAACCAGUCAGGACAAUUCACAGAAAACGAGCUAUUGGAAACUCGACGUAUUGCCUCUCUUAGAAUCCAUGUGGAAAGGGCAAUUGAGAGAAUAAAAAAUUAUCACAUUUUAGAUUUUGUACCUAUAACCUUAUGUAGAAAUGGUGUUAUUGACAUGAUUUUUUUUGUAUGUGCUAUGUUGUCAAAUUAUCUCCCACCAUUAGUGGAUGGAUGA